AUGUCAGAUUCCAGGAGGAAACGAUACUCCAUCAACUUUUCGGCCCCUGCCUCACCUAUUUCGCCCACAGUGGCUCGGUUCCCGUCUGAAAAAUCAGCUGGAUCUCAUAGCGCCAGGCCAUUCUCAGCGAGGACACAGUCUGCACGUCCCUCGUCGGCAUAUGGUUUAGGCGUGAGCCGCUCAGAAUCUUUGAGAAAUAGCUCUGGAAAGUCGUUCUAUCGGAUUCCCAACGACGAUCAACGAAACGUCUCGCUAGAUUCGUUAUCAGACUUUUCGUCCAUCAAGCUAUUGUUGAUCGGAGACGCUGCUGUUGGGAAAACCGCUAUGAUACUAAGCUACUGCAACGAGCUACCAACAAGGUCGCAGGCCAGCUUAGUCACAAAAGGUAACCUCAGGACUCCGUCACUGGAGUCUCAAAGGAAGAAACGUUUGCAACACCUAAAGACUAUCGAAAAACGCAAGAGAUACAGUCUGAACGACUACGAAGAGCUUUUCCAUAAUCAGAGCGCUGUAGGUGGUGCCCCUUCGAUAAUGGAAGUAGCCGAACCGGACUCCAUGGCAUCGCAAGAGGAUCCUAAUGAGAUCCUUAUCGACACAAGAAGCACAAUCGGAGUGGAUAUACGCACGAAUUUAGUUAAUAUCGACAACCGUUAUUUCAAGGUCACGAUGUGGGAUACUGCUGGUCAGGAACGUUAUAGAAACGCCAUGAUUCCCUCAUUGUACAAAGGUUCCAACGGUGUUCUACUGAGUUACGAUAUUUGCAACAAGAAGAGCUUUGAGAAUUGUCUAGACUACUGGUUAGAAGAGGUCAUCAAUUGCUGUUCCGAUGACAAACUUUUAAAGAUUUACUUAGUUGGGAAUAAGAUUGACCUCUACAAAGUCAGGCAGGUAACGCACGAAGAUGUUUUGCGAUAUAUCAGUAAAGCUGAAGCAAAUUUUGGCGUUCAAAUUGCUGGCAAUUUCGAGGUUAGUUGUAAGUGGCAUCAAGUUGUUGAAAGAACGUUCAACAACAUCAUAAAAGACUUGGUGGAGCAUGGAUGUUACGAAAAUAAUCACCUCCCCUCAGACGAUUCCCUCGAUGGGACUCAAAACCAGUCCCAAGAAACAUUGGACCCGGGAGCAAUGUGCAAGGUUCCACCCAUAGAGAUACAGAGGAGAGGGUCAACCAUUGUCCGGCGAAGACCCCAGGAAAAGAAGAAUACGGUAGACAUCACGAAACCCUUGGGAUCUGAAGGCAGCAACGGUGGAUCCGCGUGCUGUGUGUAA